AUGGCGUCCGCCGCUCUCCACCGGGCUCUGUGCCCAAGUUCCUCCGCCUCACUCCCGCUCACGAGACUCGCUCUAUCCCCGCGCCAUCUCCGCUCUCUGCCCCAUCGCCAUCCUCGCCUGGCCCAGUCGCUUCCGCUGCGUCGCGAUAUACAUUCUAGCGGAUUUCAGCCCUUUGUGCCGAUCUCACCCAGCUCCCUAGGGAAACCCGUCCCCGCAAAGACCUAUCACCGAACCCGAAAAUGGCUGCGUCGCAUCUUUUACCUCUCGCUCGCGACUGGCAUCGUCUACGUUCUAGAUAACCAAUUCUACGCUUCCUCCAUCACCCGAACCGCCCGUACUUUCUCGCUUGGAUUGCUUGUUGCACUAGACUACAAAAUCAACUUCCGUCCUAACCCUCCUCUCGCCGGAUCCCUCGCAGACGUCCAUGGCCGAAACGCAGAGCGACUGUCGGACCUCCUGCGGCAUAAUGGUGGACUUUACUUGAAGAUCGGCCAAGCGAUCGCAAUGCAGUCAGCUAUAUUACCCCCGGAAUUCCAAAAGAUGUUUGCACGAAUGUUCGACGAUGCGCCGCAGAACAGUUGGAAGGACGUGGAAAAGGUCAUUGAGGAGGACUUUGGCAAGUCUGCGGAGGAGGUUUUCGGCGUCUCUUUCAGCGGCGAUCCUACAAAGGGAGUCAUGGAACGCGUGGCCAGAGCGAGCGCCAGUGUAGCCCAAGUUCAUUGGGCUCGGUUGGCGGACGGGAGAGAAGUUGCUAUCAAGAUUCAGAAGCGAGAGAUUGCGCAGCAAAUACAGUGGGAUCUAUGGGCCUUUAAAGUGGUGACCUGGAUCUACAGCCGCGUUUUCGAUCUCCCGUUCUAUAGUCUUGUUCCCUACGUCAGCGAACGCCUCUUUCUCGAGACGGAUUUCGAAAACGAAGCCGAUAACUCCGAAAUGAUGGCCAAGUUUGUUGCGGGAGAGUCUCGCCUGCGUGACCGCGUGUACGUCCCGAGAGUAUACCGUGAGCUGAGCUCCAAGCGUAUUAUGACAGCCGAGUGGAUAGAAGGUGUACGGCUCUGGGAUAAAGAUGCUAUAACACGCACUUGGCGCGGAGGCUGGCGCGAAGGCAGUCCUGGCUGCGGUGGAACUCCACUGGACUCUCCACAGCCCAAAAAGUCCCCAUCAGCAACGCCGCGAGGCACAAAUCUCAAGAUCAAGCCGGAACGCAACGACUGGCGCGGGAGAAAUGGCCGCGGUGGCCUCGGCCUAUCACUCAAGGAGGUGAUGACAACCAUGGUCGACCUCUUCUCGGCUCAAAUGUUUCUCUGGGGUUUAGUCCACUGCGACCCCCAUCCAGGAAACAUUUUCAUCCGCCGCAAGCCUAAUGGCCACUCCGAGCUCGUCCUGAUCGAUCACGGCCUCUACAUCCACAUGGAGCCCGAAUUUCGACACCAAUACGCCCGCUUUUGGAAGGCCCUGCUCACCUUUGACAACGCCACCAUCGCCGACAUCGUCAAGGGCUGGGGUGUCAAUAACCCCGAUAUCUUCGCCUCAGCAACGCUCAUGAAACCGUACCGCGGCGGCAACCUCUCCACUCAGCAAGGAAUUGAACGUCUCAGCAAAGCCGAGCGCGCCCAACGCAACUACGAAAUGCAACAAGCCAGCCGCAAAGCCGUCCGCGAGAUCUUGGGCGAUGAGACGAAAUGGCCCCAGCAGCUUAUCUUCAUCGGUCGGAACCUGCGCAUCGUCCAGGGGAACAACCAAUUCCUCGGCUCGCCUGUAAACCGGAUCAAGAUCACGGGGCUCUGGGCGUCGCGGGCGCUCGUUGAAUCCCCGGAUCUCCCGCUUGCCGAAAAGAUCAGGAACUAUGGUCGCCACCUGCUUUUCCGGGUUGUGCUCUUCUCGAGUGACCUGUUCUUCUACUUUACCAAGGUGCGCCAGUUCUUGCAUCUGGGUGGUGGCAUGGAAGAUGAUCUCGAGGCGCAGAUGGCGUCCGUGGCCAAGGAUAUGGGGGUGGAGUUGAACCAUAGUGUCUUUGAGGGUUGA